UUGAGGAAGCCAUGAGCUCUGGGGAAGGAGAGGACGUGUGUAAGGACGGAGCAGAUGUAGCGGCGCUCUUCAGACCCGGGUUCAACAGAAAUGAGGAGAUGAAGGCCAUCGAAGUGCUGCCUAUUCUGAAAGAGAAAGUGGCGUUUUUAUCAGGAGGUCGUGACAGACGAGGAGGCCCGGUUCUCACGUUCCCAGCCAGGACCAACCAUGACAGAAUAAGACAGGAGGAUCUGCGACGCCUCAUUGCCUACCUCGCAGGCAUCCCCAGCGAGGAGGUCAGCAGGCAUGGAUUCACUGUCAUUGUGGACAUGCGAGGCUCCAAAUGGGACUCCAUCAAGCCCCUGCUGAAGAUCCUGCAGGAGUCUUUCCCAUCCUGCAUCCACGUCGCGCUCAUCAUCAAACCCGACAACUUCUGGCAGAAGCAGAGGACCAACUUCGGCAGCUCUAAGUUCGAGUUUGAGACCAUAAUGGUAUCUCUGGAGGGCUUGUCUAAGGUGGUGGACCCAUCACAGCUGACAGCCGAUCUGGAGGGAAGUCUGGACUAUGAUCAUGACGAGUGGAUUGAGGUGCGUGUGGCCUUUGAGGAGUUUGCAGGAAAUGUGGCACGUGCACUCGCCCGCCUCAAGGAGCUCCAGGAACUGGUGUCACGCCGUGAGCUCCCUGGUGACCUGGAGUUGGCACGAUGCGCCAUGGAUGAGCACAGUGCUCUCAAGAAACGUGUAGCAAAGGCUCCCACUGAGGAACUGGAAGCUGAGGGCCAACGGCUGCUGCAGCGUGUGCAGGCCGGCAUGAAGACCGGUGGAGACGUACAGGGCCUGACGCCCAGGGUCUCAGGUCUGCUGGAGGAACUGCGCACUUCUCGGCACCACCUGCAACAGGCUUGGCAUGGGAGAAAGGUCAAACUGGACCAGUGCUUCCAGCUGCGGCUCUUUGAACAAGAUGCUGAGAAGAUGUUUGACUGGAUCGUUCAUAACAAGGGUCUUUUCCUGACCAGUUACACCGAAAUUGGGGCCAACCAUCAACAUGUAUUGGAGCUGCAGACCCAGCACAACCACUUCGCUAUGAACUGCAUGAAUGUGUAUGUGAACAUUAGCCGCAUCGUAGCAGUGGGCAAGCGGCUUCUGGAGGGUGGGCACUACGCUGCAAUGCAGAUCCAGCAGCUCUCAGCACAGCUCGAACGAGAGUGGAAGGCCUUCGCUUCAGCGCUGGAUGAGAGAAGUGCCAUGCUGGAGAUGUCGGCCAGCUUCCACCAGAAAGCAGACCAGUACCUGAGUAAUGUAGAGUCGUGGUGUAAGGCAUGUGGUGAGGGUGAACUCCCCUCAGAGCUACAGGACAUGGAAGAUACCAUUCACCGCCACCAAAGUCUCUACGAACACGUCACAGCUGCUUACUCAGAGGUGAGUCAAGAUGGGAAAGCCCUGUUGGACAAACUCCAGCGCCCUUUGACUCAAGGCAGCGCUGAUUCAUUAACAGCAUCAGCCAACUACUCCAAGGCAGUGAACCACGUCCUGGACAUCAUCCAUGAGGUGCUGCACCAUCAGCGACAGCUGGAGAACAUCUGGCAGCACCGCAAACUCCGCCUGCACCAGCGCCUGCAGCUCUGUGUCUUCCAACAAGAUGUGCAACAGGUGCUGGACUGGAUCGAGAAUCAUGGCGAGGCAUUCCUCAGUAAGCACACGGGCGUGGGGAAGUCACUGCACCGAGCUCGGGCUCUGCAGAAACGCCAUGAAGAUUUUGAAGAGGUGGCACAGAACACAUACACUAACGCUGAUAAGCUGCUGGAAGCAGCCGAACAGCUGGCCCAGACCGGAGAGUGUGACCCAGAAGAGAUCUACCAGGCUGCUCACCAGUUACAGGACCGGAUCCAGGACUUUGUGAGGCGUGUGGAGCAGAGAAAAGUCCUGCUGGACAUGUCCGUGGCCUUCCAUACUCAUGGCAAGGAGUUGUGGACGUGGUUGGAGGAGCUGCAGAAGGAACUGCUAGAUGAUGUGUACGCUGAGUCGGUGGAGGCCGUGCAGGAUCUGAUCAAGCGCUUCGGGCAGCAGCAGCAGACCACACUGCAGGUUACCAUCAACGUCAUCAAAGAGGGCGAGGAGCUCAUCCAGCAGCUCAGAGACUCUGCCAUCUCCAGUAAUAAAACGCCGCACAACAGCUCGAUGGCACAUAUUGAAAGUGUGCUGCAGCAGCUGGAUGAAGCUCAGGCUCGUAUGGAAGAGCUUUUUCAGGAGAGGAAGAUCAAACUGGAGCUCUUCCUCCAGCUGCGCAUCUUUGAGAGGGAUGCCAUUGAUGUGAUCUCGGACCUGGAGUCCUGGAGUGAUGAGUUGUCUCAGCAGCUCGGGGAGUUUGACACUGAGGAGUUGACAGUGGCUGAGCAGAGGCUUCAGCAGCACGCAGAGAAAGCGCUCACUAUGAACAACCUGACAUUCCACGCCAUCCACCAGGGCCAGGAGCUGCUGCAGUUUGUCACUGAAGUGCAGGCCUCAGGUAUUGAGUUGUUGUGUGAUCGGGAUGUGGACAUGGCCACACGUGUUCAGGACCUGCUGGACUUCCUGCAUGAGAAGCAGCAGGAGCUGGACGCGGCGGCUGAACAACACCGCCGUCACCUGGAGCAGUGUGUCCAGCUGCGCCACCUACAGGCUGAGGUCAAACAGGUCCUGGGAUGGAUCCGUAAUGGUGAAUCCAUGUUGAACGCCGGCUUGAUCACGGCCAGUUCUCUGCAGGAGGCUGAGCAGCUACAGAGGGAACACGAGCAGUUCCAGCAUGCCAUUGAGAAGACACACCAGAGUGCACUGCAGGUGCAGCAGAAGGCUGAGGCCAUGCUACAGGCGGCUCAUUAUGAUGCCGAGACCAUCCGUGAGUGUGCUGAGAAGGUGGCAUCUCACUGGCAGCAACUCAUGCUCAAGAUGGAGGACCGACUCAAACUGGUCAACGCCUCAGUGGCUUUCUACAAAACUUCAGAGCAGGUUUGCAGUGUAUUAGAGAGUCUGGAGCAGGAGUACAAGCGUGAGGAGGACUGGUGCGGAGGAUCCGAUAAGCUUGGGCCGAACUCUGAGUCGGAUCACGUGACCCCGAUGAUCAGCAAACACCUGGAGCAGAAGGAGGCCUUCCUCAAGGCAUGCACACUGGCACGACGCAAUGCAGACGUGUUCAUGAAGUACCUGCACAGGAACAGUGUCAACAUGCCGGGCAUGCUGGCACAGAUCAAAGCUCCAGAACAACAAGUCAAGAAUAUCCUGAAUGAGCUGCUGCAGAGGGAGAACAGAGUACUUCACUUCUGGACAAUGAGGAAAAGGAGGCUCGACCAGUGCCAGCAGUAUGUGGUGUUUGAGCGCAGUGCAAAGCAGGCUCUAGAGUGGAUCCAUGAUACAGGCGAGUUCUACUUGUCUACACACACAUCGACGGGCUCCAGCAUCCACCACACACAGGAGCUGCUGAAGGAGCAUGAGGAGUUUCAGAUCACAGCCAAGCAAACCAAAGAGCGGGUGAAGCUGUUGAUCCAGCUGGCAGAUGGCUUUUGUGAAAAGGGCCACUCCCAUGCGGGCGAGAUCAAGAAAUGGGUGGUAUCAGUGGACAAGCGCUACCGUGACUUUUCACUCCGUAUGGACAAAUACCGCUGCUGUCUGGAAAAAGCACUGGGGAUAUCCUCUGAUUCCAACAAGAGUAAAGACUUGCAGCUGGACAUCAUUUCGGCGAGUGCGCCUGGAGCUGAGGUCAGGCUCCGAGACGCCAAUCAUGAGCUCAAUGAGGAGAAGCGCAAGUCUGCUCGGCGAAAAGAGUUCAUAAUGGCCGAGCUGAUUCAGACAGAGAAGGCCUAUGUCAGAGAUCUGCGCGAGUGCAUGGACACAUAUCUUUGGGAGAUGACGAGCGGUGUGGAGGAGAUUCCACCAGGGAUUGUCAACAAAGAGCACAUCAUAUUCGGCAACAUGCAGGACCUCUAUGAGUUCCACCAUAACAUUUUCCUGAAAGAGCUGGAGAAAUACGAGCAGCUGCCUGAAGAUGUUGGUCAUUGCUUUGUUACGUGGGCGGACAAGUUCCAAAUGUACGUGAACUACUGUAAGAACAAGCCGGACUCCACUCAGCUUAUCUUGGAUCACGCUAGCUCCUACUUUGACGAGAUCCAGCAGAGGCACAGGCUGGCAAAUUCCAUCUCCUCCUAUCUCAUUAAACCUGUGCAGAGAAUCACCAAGUACCAGCUGCUCCUCAAGGAACUUCUGACAUGCUGUGAGGAGGGUAAAGGUGAGAUCAAGGACGGCCUGGAGGUCAUGCUCAGUGUGCCCAAGAAAGCCAAUGAUGCCAUGCACCUGAGCAUGCUAGAAGGUUUCGAUGAGAAUCUCGAGUCUCAGGGAGAGCUCAUCCUGCAGGAAUCUUUCCAGGUGUGGGACCCCAAGACGUUGAUCCGCAAGGGCCGAGAUCGCCACCUCUUCCUGUUUGAAAUGUCCCUCAUCUUCAGCAAAGACGUCAAAGACUCCAACGGCAGGAGCAAGUACCUCUAUAAGAGCAAGCUACUGACUUCUGAAUUAGGAGUGACAGAGCAUGUGGAAGGAGAUCCGUGUAAAUUUGCACUCUGGGUCGGACGCACGCCUACGUCAGACAACAAGAUCGUCCUGAAGGCCUCCAGUAUUGAAAAUAAGCAGGAGUGGAUCAAACACGUACGGGAGGUGAUUCAGGAACGUACCAUUCACCUGCGGGGGGCUCUGAAAGAACCCAUCCCCAUCCCCAAAACCACCACAGGAGCAAAACUGAAGGGAAGAAGAGAAGGGGAGGAGUUGGACAGUCAGGGUGAUGUGAGCAGCCAGCCAGACACGAUCUCCAUUGCAUCCCGCACCUCCCAGAACACCCUAGACAGUGACAAGCUGUCUGGUGGCUGCGAGUUGACGGUGGUCAUCCAUGACUUCAUGGCCAGUAAUGGCUCGGAGCUGAGCGUGAGGCGAGGUCAGACUGUGGAGGUGUUGGAGAGGUCUCAAGACAAACCCGAUUGGUGCCUGGUGCGCACCACCGACCGCUCACCUGCCCAGGAAGGCUUGGUGCCCAGCACCAUGCUCUGCAUUGCCCACUCCCGCAGCAGUAUGGAGAUGGAAGGGAUCUUCAACCAUAAAGACACCCUCUCCGUGUCCAGUAAUGAUGGCGGAAUAUCAGGCAGCGCCACCCUGCAGCCAGGGCACCUGCAUGGCUCACCAGGUGCCAAGCGUCCAGGAAAUACCCUGCGCAAGUGGCUGACGAGCCCAGUGCGGCGUCUCAGCAGCGGUAAAGCAGAUGGACACGCCAAGAAACUCGCACAUAAACACAAGAAGAACCGCAAGAGCGGUGAAUCACAGAGGGACUCUGAUGAUAACGCAGCGACACCACAGGAUGAGACUGUCGAGGAGAGGAUGAGAUACGAGGGCCUGAGCAGUGGCACACUUUCCAAAUCAUCCUCUUCAGGUAUGCAGAGCUGCGGAGAGGAAGAGGGUGAAGAGGGCGCCGACGCCGUACCCCUGCCGCCACCAAUGGCCAUCCAGCAGCACAGCCUCCUUCAUCAGGACUCACAGGAUGAAAAGGCUUCCCGUCUUUCCGGCCGGCCCAGCAGUUCAGAGACCCCCAGUGCUGCUGAACUUGUCAGCGCCAUAGAGGAACUCGUUAAAAGCAAGAUGAGUCUGGAUGAUCGGCCAAGUUCCCUCUCAGUUGAGCACGCAGACAGCAACAGUCCCUCCUGUAAUCCUUCAGAUAACUCUCUGCUCUCCUCUUCUUCACCUGUGAAGGAGAUGGAUGAACGCAAGACGGGCAUCCUCAAGAAGCGGCACUAUGUGCUUUUGGAGCUGGUCGAGACAGAGCGAGACUAUGUUAGAGACUUGGGUGCAGUGGUGGAGGGCUACAUGAGCCGGAUGAAGGAGGAAGGUGUUCCAGAUGACAUGAAGGGCAAAGACAAGAUUGUAUUCGGAAACAUUCAUCAGAUCUAUGACUGGCACAAAGACUUCUUCCUGGGCGAACUGGAAAAGUGCCUGGAGGAUCCCAAUCGGCUAGCGCCCUUGUUCAUCAAACAAGAGCGCCGGUUACACAUGUACAUCGUCUACUGCCAGAACAAGCCCAAAUCUGAGCACAUCGUCUCUGAGUACAUAGAUACAUAUUUUGAAGAUCUUAAGCAACGCUUAGGCCAUAGGCUGCAGAUCACAGACCUGCUUAUCAAACCUGUGCAGAGGAUCAUGAAGUACCAGCUCCUGCUAAAGGAUUUUCUAAAAUUCUCCAAAAAGGCUGGCGUUGAUUCUGCAGAAUUAGAGAAAGCAGUGGAGGUCAUGUGUGUUGUGCCCAAACGCUGCAAUGACAUGAUGAAUGUGGGACGUCUCCAAGGCUUUGAUGGCAAAAUUGUAGCUCAGGGCCGGCUCCUCCUCCAAGACACAUUCAUGGUGUCAGAUCAGGACUCCAGCCUACUCUCCCGGGCCAAGGAGAGGCGCGUCUUCCUCUUUGAACAGAUUGUCAUCUUCAGUGAGCCACUGGAUAAGAAGAAGGGCUUCUCUACUCCAGGCUAUCUGUUCAGGAAUAGCAUCAAGGUCAGUUGGUUGGGCCUGGAGGAGAGUUCAGACAGCGACCCCUGCAGGUUCACUCUCACAUCAAGGUCAUCCACAGGGUGCACCGAGCACUUCAUUCUCCACUCGUCCAGCCCAGCUGUUUGUCAUGCUUGGGUCCAGCAGAUCAGCAGCAUCCUGGAGAACCAGAGGAAUUUCCUCAAUGCACUAACAUCUCCCAUCGAGUACCAGCGGAACCAUGUGGGCGCGAGCACUUCCAACCCGAGCACCAGCGUCGCCGUCGGCUCCCGACCUCGUGGAUCCAGAAUCCCCCAACCCAUGCAGCCCCACCCCCCAUCAGCCUCAGGUACGUUUCCUGAGACGUUCGGAACACGUCCGCUCAAGGUCCCCUUGAAUGAGCAGCGUGAGGAGGCUCAUUCAGUCCCUCGAGCUGCAGUGUCCCCAUUGUCCCUCGCUUUGUCCAGACCUCGAUCAGGGCUCCCUUCACCACUAAUCUCACCUUCAACAAACCCCCCGAAUUCAUGCCACUCCAGCCCCAAAGCCUCCUUGUCCUCCAUUUGGGCUUCAGUUCCAGAGCAGAACCAGAAGCGCAAGGAACCAGACCGCGUCAGCACAUGCUCCUCGGCUAGCGAGCAGUCCCAGCACAGCAACGGGAGUGAAAGCAGCAGCAGCAGCAGUAGCGGCAUGUCCACCAUGCUGGUGACACAGGACUACGUGGCUUUAAAAGAGGACGAAAUCAGUGUGCAUCAGGGUGAGGCUGUGCAGAUCCUGGCUUCCAACCAGCAGAGCAUGUUCCUGGUGUUCCGAGCUCCCACAGAACAGGGCCCGGCAGCUGAGGGCUGGAUCCCCGCCCAUGUGUUGGGCCACACCUCCGUCCGUGCCCCCGACUACACCAACAGCACCCUCAAGAAGUCAUCGUCAUGGCACACAGCGUUGCGCAUCCGCCGCAAAUCAGAGAGGAGAGAAAAGGAGGGAAGGAAAGAGUGUCGGCAGGAGAAUAAGGUUUCUGUAAAGCUUUUAAAUCCGAACUACAUCUAUGACGUUCCGCCCGAGUUUCUGGUGCCGCUGAGUGAUUUGGUGUCUGAGAGCGGAGAGUGUGUGACCUUGCGCUGUAAGGUUGGAGGUCAGCCGAGAGCCUCAGUUUCCUGGCGAGGACCAGAUCAGACCACGCUGAGUGACGGAGGACGAUACACGCUGACACACAGCGAGACCGGUGAGGUUACCCUGUGCAUUUCACCUGUUACCAUAGAGGACAGCGGGCCCUACACUUGCACCGCCGUCAACGACGUCGGGACAGUCACUUCAUCCGCCUGCCUCAGGGUGCAAGGUACCUACAGUGAUGGAGUCAUCUGGAAGGAGAAUUUUGAGUCGCUCUACACUGAAGUGAUGGAGCUCGGGAGAGGCAGAUUCUCCGUGGCUAAGUGGUGCGAGCAGCAAGGUUCACGACGCUCAGUGGUAGCGAAGCUGGUGAACAAGAAGCUGAUGCGUCGUGAUCAGGUGAUGAGGGAGCUGAACAUUCUUCAGUGCCUACAGCAUCCCAACGUUGUGGGCUUGCUUGAUACGUUCGAGACCAACACCAGCUAUGUGCUCGUGCUGGAAAUGGCUGAUCAGGGUCGUCUCUUGGACUACAUUGUGAGCUGGGGGAACCUGACUGAGGAGAAGGUGGCUCUCUACCUGCGGGACAUAUUAGAAGCUUUACACUACCUACAUACCUGCAGAAUAGCUCAUCUUGACCUGAAGCCCGAGAAUGUAGUGGUGGAGCAGGCAUCUGUUCAUUCUGUUGUCAAGCUGACGGAUUUCGGCGAUGCCAUGAUCCUAUCUUCUUCCCCCUACAUCCACCCUUUGUUGGGCAGCCCUGAGUUCAGCGCACCUGAAGUGGUGCUGGGUGAGCCAGUGGCUUUAACCUCUGAUCUCUGGAGCGUGGGUGUCCUGGCAUAUGUGUUGCUGAGCGGUGCCUCCCCAUUCUUAGAUGAGAGCGCAGAGGAAACGUGCCUCAAUAUCUGCCGUCUGGACUUCAGCUUCCCUGAAGAUUAUUUUGGAGGUGUGAGCAGAGCAGCGCGUGAUUUUGUGCGUUUGCUAUUACACUCCGAAGCAGCCAGGCGACCCUCAGCUCAGGUCUGCCUGCAGGGUGAGCCAUGGCUCCGUCCACAAGCUGCCUCGAGUUUGGUCCGUCUUGACACAGCACGACUCGUGGCCUUCAUUGAAAGGCGCAAGCACCAGAGUGACUUGAGGCCAAUGGAUAACCUGAGGACAUUUUUAAGAAGCCGGUUGCUGGGUAAGGCAUGACGGAGCCUGGAGGGUUCUCCCUAAAGACCUGGUUCUCUUCUAUAGAGUGAUGUAAUGGUGUGAUGGAAAUGGGUUCCUUGUGCAGGUAUGAGGAGCCUACAGCAAAAAGGAAGCCUGGAGCUCGGAAGGACCCAUGAGGGUGGACAAAUCAAAGGAGCAAGAGGCAACCUGUAACUCAGCCUUCAGUCUGAGUGAGCCAGUGAUUAAUCCCCAGCAAUCACCUCAUCCCUUCGAGAGGUUCUUUCUCAAGUUUUUUUUUCCAUGAUGCGAAGCACACCUGCUUCUCUCUUGAAUACCUUGUGGAAAGUUCCAGGAAGAGGAACUGGAUUUCUCAGGUAGCUGAGAGGGAGUUUGGAAGAUGGAGGGAGCAUGGAGGAACUCGGAUGUCCAACAACCACCUCAUCCCCUGUCAAAAUUAUUGCGGAUAGUAUGGAGUCGAUCCCUGCAAACGCAAUAAUGCCUUGAGAUCGGAGACUUCUGACACUUUGGACGGGGGCAUUCCAAGAACCUUGAAAGCUCAACAGAAAGAAUAUGAGCGAAAAUCUUGCAUAAAUGGAAUCCAACUGGAAUCUUGUCCUCAUUUUUUUUAAAGCCACGUUCCAUGGUAAAGUGGCAUGUUGUUUGUACACUGCUGCUGCUGCUGCUGCUGACAAAACUCAGAUACUGUAACUGCUUCCCAACCCUUACAAACCAUUGGAUCCUGAAUUUGGAAACAAAUCCAAAUCACAUCAGCCUCAUGAUCAUAUCCUCUUUGUAUAAAAAAAUGCACAGAAGCACAAAUGACUUUUUUUGAGAGUUUUCUUCUAUGAGCCAGUAAAGGGCAAGCCUUUUGUUUUUGACAGUAUUUUGAAUCAGGUUGUUGCAGUACUGUAUAGCUGUAUUCAGGAAAGCAUUUUGUAUAAAAUAUGUAUAGAAGCACAUCAAAGGAGAUCUUUGAAGUUUUGGAGUACAAAAAAAUACAAGAUUAUAUAAAGUGAUAGAAAUGAAACUGGUUAAAUAUAAACUUCCCAUUCAUCUUGGAAUUAUUGUAGCUAUGGAUUCAUAAAGCACAUUUGAACAAGUUUUUUUUUUUCAGAAAUACUGAAAAUAAGAGCAACAAAUCCAUACGUUUUUUUUUUAAAAAUUCUAUUUUGUCCAUUGGAAAUAAAGAAACUGUAGCCACACCAGUUUACCUUGGAUGUUUCAGUAUUGUUUUUGACACACCUCGUUGAUUUCUCACCUUUUCACGUUACUUGAAUUUCCAUUGCCAUCAUAAAGGAGAAAUCCAUCCUGAAUGACUUUCACACUAAAUCUUUAUACUUCACAUGAUCUUCGAUGCGAACCUGGUUUUACUUAUAAGUAAACGUUUUUUGGCUUUGAGCUUUCCAGUCUAUUUUUUUAUUUUGUUUAAUGGUUUUCGACAUUACCCACAAUGCCAUUUGACUACCUACUGACAGUGAUUUCCCUUCGUGUCAUCCUUCCCUAAGGAGAGUGAUCCAGCAGUGUCCUUCAGUUUGUCUAGAUCUCUUACCUAGACAUCGUUACAUUCUGCUAAAAAAAUUUUUUUUUUAAUUCCAAAACUUCAACUUUCAUACUGUUGACAUCAUCACGCUCGUCUAACUAGCUGAGCUGAGUCUUUGUCAUGUAGCUCUGCUGCAUUCUGGAACUUGAAGUCCAAUGUUUGCUGUCUUCUCUACUUCUACAUUGAAUUUCUCAUUAAUACUGGUUAAAUUUUAAGUUGCUGAGAAAAGAAGCUAUUUUGUAUUGAUGAGCUAACAACAAACCCGACAGUUAUUAGUUAUGUUUGAAAUUUUUCUCCAACCGACAAAUUACUAAGUACAUCAGAAGCAUUCCAACAUAAACAUAGUUCAUGUGUUUCCUUGUUCCUGGUGUUUGCUAUUGAUUUUACCUGAUUAGCUUGCUCAGUAGCUUAGCAAGCAGACUGCUUUCCAGUUAUCACAGUGACAUGGUUAAUAAAUCUUCAGUUUUUUAAGAGACAGAAACCUUCAAUUUGUGAAGAGAAAUUGACAAGACAGUGUUACUUUUUUUUUUCAGAAAUGCAGUCAUGUAUUUGAUUUCAGAUGCUUUUGCAUUGGCUGAAGCAUACCUUUGACUUACCAGGUACACAGGAGCAUCACGUAAAUGUGCACUCGUAUUUUGUUGGAACUGUCUUUGUGCAAUGUUUGGGAUUUUUGUAGCUAUUUAUGAUAAGUGGUGUUAAACCUGCUGAAGUUGAGUAUGUGUAUAAGCCACUAUAAAUUAAUCUCAGAUGUGUUUGUGGCUCUUUCUUGCAAAGUUUCCUGUGUUUAGUAUUAUUUUGUGGAAGCUACGUUGUUUGUAUCUAUGUCACACUUGUUUAUGUUACAACUUCUCAUUAUUCUUAUACCAAAGUUAACCUACACAUGAUUUCAGAGUAAUGAUUAAAAAAAUGAUGCAGGCAUUUAUGGACAUUAAUCUUUAUUUAUUGUCUUGUGUAUUUUUUAAAAUUGCUAAGAUAAUUAAAGCUAGACAGCCUUUCGAUUUCAUAAAAUCGGUGAAAUUUAGUUCCCUCUGAAAUUUGGUCAUUGUGAUGUAUGUUUAUUUCUGUAAUAUCUCACAAAAUAUCAGGCCAUUCUGUGGCUGGGAAGUUUUUUAAUUUGAGGGUAUUCCCAAGCAAAUAAUGUGCAUGAAAUCGCUCGCUUCGCACAGUCAAGCGGACAGAGGAAGUCCGUGUGCGCGCGCAUGCACAGGUUUACCUUUGACCGUGCACUGACAGUUACAUCAUUCUGUCGUUAAACAAACAGCUGAUCACACCGAGGUGCUCACUGACCAUCGAUAUUUAUUAGUUUGGUCCUGCGUUUCCUUUCCUUCGCAACAUAAUGUGCUUCUUUCUUCUCGCUUUCCAUUACUGUAGUGGGUCUUUCACGUUUCAUUUGCGUCCUCCAUUUUUCUCUCCUGUUUCAAAUUUGUAUCCCACGAUGCCUUGCACGAAUGGGGAAAGCCCACCACAUCAUGCAUGAUGUAGUAUCUUGAAUUGGGUCAUGGUGAAGCAGGAAAAAAUAGUGGAGAAUUUAGGGCCACGUGGCCCGAAAUUAAUUAAUUGUUCUAUUUUUUUUUUUAAAUGAAGAAAAUUUAAAGUCUGUGAUUUGAAUUCAGUAGCUUUUGGUCCACUAAACACAAAUAAUCGGGUGUCAGCGAAAAUUCUUUUUAUGACCUACACUUGAAAAAUCUGAAAGGCAGUCUACCUUUAAAGUAGUGCUACAUCUUAGAAUCAUUUCAACACAUUCUCCAAGCAUUUUAAUAUUUGUCCUUUUAUAAAAAAACAUAAAGAUGUAUAUUUGCAUGGGUAAAUGAUGUCUUUUACUUCAAGAUUGUAAAACCCAUCAGGGCUAAUAUCUAAUUAUAGUUGUUUUAAUGUUGUUUAGUUCCUGUUUAAAGUUGGGUUUGUCGUGAUUUUACUGAAUUUUACGCUGCCAGUAAGCAUGGGUCAACACAAGGUUAGUUUUUUGUUUUGUUCUAAUUUAUUUUGUCAUCAAGUAUAGCUGUACAGAUUCAAAUAACCAUGGAGACCCGUGUAGCUAUGUCAUAUUUUAUACAUGCAGUUAAAAUUCCACUUCGAAUGGCUCUUGCAUUUGUGUGUAAAUUUCUUUGUACAUAAACCAUACGUUUGCACAUUCUGUGCUGUACAUAUUUUAUUGAGAUUAAACACAUAAAACAUUUUAUUGGUAA